AUGCCAGAAGUUGUAUCAGUGUUCCCCAACAAAAUCAACAAGCUCCUAACCACAAGAUCGUGGGACUUCAUGGGCUUCUCUCAGCAACGAGCUCGGCGGACAUCCCUGGAAAGUGACGUCAUCAUAGGAGUCUUCGACUCCGGGAUCUGGCCGGCGUCGGAAUCAUUUGGCGACGAUGGGCUCGGCCCUCCGCCGGCGAAGUGGAAGGGCUCGUGCCAGUUCCCUCCCAAUAACUUCACCUGCAACAACAAGAUCGUGGGGGCCAAAUUCUACCGCACCAACAACGGCACGUUCUCCCCCGCCGACGUACGGUCGCCGGUGGACACCAACGGACACGGGACCCACGUGGCGGCCACAGCCGCAGGCAGCCUGGGGAACUCGUGCUACGACGGCGACAUACUGGCGGCUUUCGACGACGCCGUCGCCGACGGCGUGGAUCUGAUCUCGGUCUCCCUCGGGGCGGAUAUCAGCCGGGACCAUUUCGAGGAUCCGAUAGCGAUCGGGUCGUUUCACGCGAUGAAGGAAGGGAUACUGACCGUGGAUUCGGCGGGGAACGACGGCGUUCAGGGGCUUUACACGGUCAGGAACUUCUCUCCGUGGUCGCUUUCCGUGGCGGCUACCGCCAUUGACCGCCAGUUCUUCGCCCAAGUCCGAUUGGGAAACAAUCAAACUUUCCAAGGCAUCGCAAUCAACACAUUUGACAUUGGGAACACAAUGUAUCCCAUCAUUUAUGGAGGAGAUGCCCCUAACAUCAGUGGCAAUUUCAGCAGCUCCAUAUCAAGGUUAUGUGCAAACAACUCGUUGAAUCCCGAUUUAGUAAGAGGUAAAAUUGUGUUGUGUGACUCCAUAGUCGGCGCACUUGUCCCUGUUUUGGCCGGCGCGGUGGGUUCCAUAGUCGCAACGGACCGUCCCGCCGGAGCACCGGCCGAGAAUCCUCCGUCGCCGGUUUCAGUUUUGACUAGGCGUCAAGGUUCCACCAUCCUAGCCUACAUAAGAUCCACAAGGAAUGCAACCGCUACUAUAUCAAAGAGCAACGUGUGGAAGGACGAACAAGCGCCUUAUAUUGCCUCAUUUUCAUCUCGAGGCCCAAAUCCAGCCAUCCUUGACAUUCUUAAGCCGGACAUAUCAGCACCCGGAGUCAACGUCCUCGCCGCCUGGCCCCCAAACGCGCCAAUCACUCCCUACCCAGCCGAAACCCGAACCUCUCGGUUCAACUUCCAGUACGGCACCUCAAUGGCCUGCCCCCACGUCACCGGAGCGGCCGCUUACGUCAAAUCGCACCACCCCCAAUGGUCCCCCGCCGCCGUCAAAUCCGCCAUCAUGACCACCGCGCUGCCCAUGAGCCCCUUGACCAACCCGGAUGCCGAGUUCGCCUACGGCUCCGGCCACCUCAACCCGCUCGGCGCCAUCGACCCCGGGCUAGUAUACGACGCCGGGGAGCCCGACUACGUCAGGCUGCUGUGCGGGCAAGGGUACAACACCACGGCCGUGCGGAUGAUUGCGAGAGAUAACUCGAGUUGUUGGGAGACGGGAAACGGGACGGUGUGGGAUUUUAACUACCCUUCUUUCGCGGUUUCGGCCACGGCUGAUGAGGUGGUGGCUAGGGUUUUUAAUCGGGUGGUGACAAAUGUUGGAGGGAGUGGGAAUGCGAGUUAUAGGGCGGUGGUGGAGUCGCCGGAAGGGGUUAGGGUUCGAGUGAGUCCUGGGGUGUUGGGGUUUAGAGCGGUGGGGGAGAGGUUGAGGUUUGUGGUGACGGUGGAAGGUGCGGUGGCGGCGAAUUCGACGGUGUCCGGGUCGUUGGUUUGGGACGAUGGUGUUCAUAAGGUGUAUAUAGCAUACAUGGGCAACCGUCCAAACAGCCAAGCUUCUCUUCCCGCGCUACACUUCGGCUUGCUUCACCGCAUCAUUGGCAGUGCUAAGGUCGCCUCCGAUUCCUUGAUCUACAGCUACCACCGGACCUUCAACGGCUUCGCUGCCAGACUAACGGAGGCCGAGCAUCAGAAACUUUCCGCCUAUGAAGGUGUAGUUUCUGUGUUUCCGAACAAGAUCGCGAAGCUCCACACUACGAGAUCAUGGGAUUUCAUCCGCUACCCCAAGAAUGCUUCGAAAUCCACCCGCCGCCAACAGAGCAACCUGAUCAUCGGAGUGCUCGACACCGGAAUAUGGCCGGAGUCCCCGAGCUUCGACGAUUCCGGGUACGGCCCACCUCCAAAGAAAUGGAAGGGUAGCUGCCAAUCGUCCUCCAAUUUCACCUGCAACAAUAAGAUAAUUGGAGCUAGGUACUACAAUGCGGAAGGAGAUUAUGGUCCAGGAGACAUCCCUUCGCCGCGGGAUUCCGAAGGCCAUGGAAGUCACACUGCAUCCACUGCAGCAGGGAACUUUGUCACCCCUGCUAAUCUCUAUGGCAUCGCCAACGGGACUGCCCGCGGAGGGGUCCCCGCGGCUCGAAUCGCAGUCUACAAGAUCUGCUGGGCUUAUGGAUGUUCAUAUGUUGAUAUUAUGAAAGCUUUUGAUGAUGCUUGUUCUGAUGGAAUCGACAUGGUCUCGCUCUCGGUCGGUGGUUCGCCGUUGGAGUAUUUCCGUGACCCCAUUGCUAUUGGGGCUUUCCAUUGCAUGAAGAAGGGAAUUUUAACCUCCAACUCGGCUGGCAACUCCGGUCCUUUUCCUGGAUCAGUCUCCAAUAACUCUCCUUGGUCACUUACUGUUGCUGCAAACACCAUUGACAGAAAGUUGACGACCAAUGUCAUGUUGGGUAAUGGCGAAAUUUAUAAUGGGAGCUCUCUCAACACUUUUGUGCCCAAUAAACCGAUGUACCCCCUUAUAUACGGUGGAGAUGCACCAAAUAGGACUGCAGGAUAUGAUGGAAACGUUUCCAAGUAUUGCUACUCGGGUUCCUUGGAUAGAAACCUGGUGCAAGGGAAAAUUGUUUAUUGUGAGGUUGCCAGCCAGGGAGAUGGACCUAUAGAAGCUGGUGCUGCUGGUGCCAUUAUGGGAAACUAUCCACAGGGAGAUGUGGCGUUUCCUUUCCUUCUUCCAGUGUCUCUCUUGAACGAAACGGAUGGAAGCAAUGUUUUGACGUACUCGAACUCAACCAGUGACCCAACUGCAGUGAUUUACAAGACAGUUGACUACCUGGACGGCUCAUCUCCUUACGUGGUUUACUUUUCCUCGAGGGGUUACAAUCCGAUAACCCCUGACAUUCUCAAACCGGACGUGACAGGACCUGGAGUAAACAUACUAGCAGCGUGGUCUCAAGGUACAACUAUGACAGGUCAACCUGGGGACACAAGAGUUGUCGCAUACAACAUCAUUUCUGGUACUUCAAUGUCUUGCCCCCAUGCAACUGGAGCAGCAGCUUAUGUUAAAUCUCUCCACCGCACUUGGUCCCCUGCUGCCAUUAAGUCAGCUCUUAUGACAACAGCACGACCCCUGAGUGCCAAGUAUAAUCCUGAGGCGGAGCUAGCAUAUGGGACGGGACAAAUCAAUCCCAUCAAGGCAGCAGAUCCUGGACUUGUAUAUGAUGCUAGGGAGAAGGAUUAUGUCAUAUUUCUCUGCGGCCUGGGGUAUUCGACCAAACAACUCCGGCUUGUCACUGGAGACCCGAGUGCUUGCACUGCAGCUACAAAUGGAACCGUGUGGGAUCUAAACUAUCCUAGUUUUGCCCUAUCGGCAAACAGAUCAGGAGUCUCUGUGACUAGGGUAUUUCACAGAACCGUCACAAAUGUUGGAUCAGCAAAUGCAACCUAUAAAGCCACGGUAACUGCACCAGCAAACCUUAAGGUUCGAGUUAGCCCAAGUGUGCUUAGUUUCAAGACUAUUGGGAAGAAAAAGUCAUUUGCUUUGAAAGUCUCUACCGUGGUUGGGCAGAAUACCAUCUCUGAAAUGGCGGCAAUAAGCAUAAUCUCGAGGCUUCUCAUUCUCAGCCUGCUGGUUCUCCCAUUCGUAGUCAAGCUAAGCUCUGCUGCUAAUUCCGAAGACGUCCAUGGCCGCAAGAGAUUUAUUGUGUACAUGGGAGGACGACCAGUUAAUGUUGCUGGGGAGCUAUCUGUAUCUUCCCUUCACGUCAGUAUGAUACAGAGAGUAGUUGGCAGCAGCAACUUCUCCCCGGAUCUACUGGUGAAAAGCUUCAAGAGGAGCUUUCAUGGGUUUGUUGUCAAGUUAACAGAUAAUGAAGCACAAAAGAUCGCCGCACUAACAGGAGUGGUAUCCAUUUUUCGCGACGAAAGCUAUCAACUCCAGACGACAAGGUCGUGGGACUUCAUCGGAUUCCCUCAAAAUGUUGAAAGACUAGCUCUUGAACGUGACAUCAUCAUCGGGAUGCUGGACACCGGAAUUUGGCCGGAAUCCGAGUCCUUCAACGACACGGGGCUCGGUCCACCUCCAGCCAGAUGGAAAGGAAUCUGCCAAUCUUCCUCCAACUUCACUUGCAACAAUAAAAUCAUCGGGGCACGGUUUUACAGUGCCAGGCAGCCGCCGGCGGCGGGCGAGUUCGCAUCGCCUCGAGAUUCUCAAGGCCAUGGAACCCACACUGCAUCCACGGUCGCCGGAGGGCUCGCUCCGGCUGCGAGCCUCUAUGGGUUCGGCAACGGAACAGCUCGAGGCGGAGUUCCAUCGGCUCGAAUUGCUGUCUACAAAAUCUGUCUCCCUGAGCCCAUCGGCUGCCUUGCCUCGAGCAUUCUGGCGGCCUUCGACGAUGCGAUCGCCGAUGGGGUCGACAUCAUCUCGCUUUCAGCCGGGGCUUCUUUCGCCACGGACUACUUCCAAGAUCCCAUAGCAAUCGGAGCUUUCCACGCCAUGAAAAAUGGCAUCCUGACCUCGAAUGCCGGCGGUAACGCCGGUCCUGACCGGGGAACCAUGGGUAAUGUCUCUCCCUGGUCGCUCUCCGUGGCAGCUAGCACCAUUGAUCGCAGGUUUGUCACUCAAGUGCAGCUUGGAAACAACGUUAGUUACCAGGGUGUUUCUAUCAAUACGUUUGACAUGAACGGCACAAUGUUCCCUCUCGUUUAUGCUGGAUAUGUCCCGAACACCAAUUUGAACUUCACUGGUUUGGAAUCCAGGCUCUGCCUUAACAACUCCUUGGAUCCACGUCUAGUGAAAGGGAAGAUUGUUCUUUGUGCCAAGGGGGAUAGAGAAGCACCACUUCAGGCAGGUGCCGUUGGCAGUGUGAUGCCAGGUUUUCAGGACGUGGCCGGUCUGUUUCCUAUCCCUGCAUCUCAGCUUCCUGUUCAGGACAUUGGCCAAGUCUUGACCUAUAUUAACAGAAACAGCAAUGCAACUGCUACCAUAAGGAGAAGUACAGAAGCCACAGAUAAGUUGCCAUCAAUGGUUGCUCUCUUUUCAUCAAGGGGUCCAAAUACAAUCACUCCUAAUAUUCUCAAGCCAGAUAUAGCCGCACCAGGAGUAGACAUUCUAGCGGCUUGGUCUCCAGUGAGUCCUAUAACCGAGUUACCAGCAGAUCCUAGAUUCUCUUAUUACAACAUCAUCUCAGGAACAUCAAUGGCUUGUCCGCAUGCGACUGGGGCUGCUGCUUAUGUCAAAUCCUUUCACCCCACAUGGUCCCCUUCUGCUAUCAAGUCUUCCCUCAUGACCACAGCUUCUCCAAUGAGUUCUGAGGUCACCCCUGAUGCUGAACUUGCCUAUGGAGCAGGGCAGCUUAAUCCUGUGAAGGCUGUGAAUCCUGGGCUGAUAUAUGAUGCUGAACCAGUAGACUAUGUCAAGUUCUUGUGUGGACAAGGCUACAGCACAAGGGUGUUGCGGCUUAUAACCGGAGAUCGCUCUGCUUGUUCUCAAGCGAUCAAUCAGACAGUUUUUGAGCUGAACUACCCAUCUUUUGCCCUCUCGGUCUCCGGUUCUUCAAGUAAUGCCAGCAGAACCUAUAAGAGGGUUGUGACUAAUGUUGGAGUAGCAAAUUCCAGUUAUAAGGCGAUUGUGAGUGCCACACCUGGGCUGAAGAUCCACGUGGCUCCUGGUGUCCUGUCUUUCAAUUCUCUUGGUGAGAAGAAGUCGUUUACCUUGAGUAUUCAAGGAGCCAUGGCUGGGAACAUAAGCUCGGCUUCUUUGACGUGGGAUGAUGGAGAGCAUCGAUUAUACAUUGUGUACAUGGGCGACCGCCCCAAGGCGGAUGUCCCACCUUCCGCACUCCACCGCAGCUUGCUCCACCGCGCCACCGGCAGUCUAAGACUUGCAGCAGAUUCCUUGGUCUAUAGCUACCACAGGAGCUUCAACGGCUUUGCUGCCAAGCUGACCGAGUCCCAGAAGGACAGACUAGCCGGAUACAAAGAUGUAGUGUCUGUGUUCCCUAGUCGGAUGAAAAAACUCCACACCACAAGAUCCUGGGACUUUCUGGGUUUCCCACAGAACGUCACAAGAGCAACGGUGGAGAGCGACAUUAUCAUCGGAAUGCUCGACACCGGAGUUUGGCCUGAAUCCCAAAGCUUCAACGAUUCAGGCUAUGGUCCUCCUCCAAAGAAAUGGAAGGGCACCUGCCAGUCCUCUUCCAAUUUCACCUGCAACAAUAAAAUCAUUGGAGCUAGAUACUACCACACUGAAGCCAACUUUACUACAAAAGAUUUCUCAUCCCCCAGAGAUUCCGAAGGUCAUGGGACUCACACUGCAUCCACUGCAGCAGGCAGCAUUGUAACACCUGCCAGUGUCCUUGGCAUUGCUUCUGGGACAGCCCGGGGAGGGGUGCCCUCUGCCAGAAUCGCUGUUUACAAAAUUUGCUGGUCCGCUGGAUGCUCCGACGCGGACAUUUUAGCAGCGUUCGAUGAUGCCAUCGCAGAUGGAGUCGACAUAAUCUCCCUCUCGGUUGGUGGGUUUUCUGCAGUGGAUUAUUUUGAAGACUCCAUUGCUAUUGGGGCUUUCCAUUCCAUGAAGAACGGAAUUCUUACGUCCAACUCAGCUGGUAAUGCUGGCCCUGCUCCUAAAACUGUCUCGAAUUGCUCUCCUUGGUCGCUUUCCGUGGCUGCUAGCACCACAGACAGAAAGUUUGCGACUAAUGUGAAGUUGGGCAAUGGAAAGGUUAUCAAGGGAAGCUCUCUGAAUACAUUUGAGCCUGGUCAGAAGAUGUAUCCCAUAAUCUAUGGUCGCGAUGCGCCAAAUAAGACGUCUGGUGGUGAUGCGUCAAGGUACUGUUAUCCAGGCUCAUUGGACAAGGAUCUCGUGCAAGGGAAGAUUGUGUACUGUGAUGAUGCUUCCGGUUCCGUAGAGGGACAGAUCGAAGCGGGCGCCAUUGGUUCUGUAAUUCAAUCUUCUUCACCUUAUGCAGAAAUGGAAUCUCCAUUCCCUUUACCCGUUUCCCUCCUGGGUGCUGCUACUGGAGCUGAACUUCUGGAAUACUUAAAUUCAACAAGUUAUCCAACUGCAGUGAUAUCGAAGACCUCUGAAUACGUAGAUUCUAGUUCAUCCCCUCAUGUGGUGUUCUUUUCAUCAAGGGGUCCUAAUCCCAUAACAAGUGACAUCCUUAAGCCGGACUUGACAGCACCAGGAUUGAACAUCUUGGCUGCAUGGUCUGAAGGAACCACUUUGUCAGGUCAAACUGGAGACAAGAGAAUCGUCCCAUAUAACAUCAUCUCUGGGACAUCCAUGUCUUGCCCCCACGUGUCGGGAGCUGCUGCUUAUGUUAAAUCGUUUCACCCUACUUGGUCUCCUGCUGCCAUUAAGUCUGCUCUAAUGACAACAGCUCGUUCGUUGAGUGUCAAAGACAAUGCUGACGCGGAGUUUGCAUAUGGGUCGGGCCAAAUCGAUCCUGCAAGAGCUGCAGAUCCUGGACUAGUAUAUGAUGCAAGGGAGAGUGAUUAUGUUAAGUUGCUUUGCGGCCAAGGAUACACCACAAAACAACUCCGCCUUGUGACAGGAGAUCAAAUUGCUUGUUCAACGAAGACGAACGGGACAGUGUGGGAUCUGAACUAUCCUUCUUUCGCUCUAUCGUCGUCCACGUCUGGGAACUCUGUGACCCAAGUGUUUCACAGGACCGUCACUAAUGUUGGGAAGCCGGUGUGUAGCUACAGGGCGACGGUAAAUGCACCGUCGGGGCUUAAGGUUCAGGUUGUGCCAGAUGCGCUUAACUUCAAGAGCGUUGGUGAGAAACAAGAGUUUGUUGUGACAGUCACUGCUGCAUUGGGGAACUCUACGAUCUCUGGUUCUCUGACUUGGAGUACUAGUGAUGGCGGCCACAUGGUUAGAAGCCCAAUUGUGGCGUUUGUGCGUGACUGAUGUAAAGCGGUUCAAAACCAAAUUUAGAUUUUCUCAAUGUCGUUAGCAAUUCAGUUAUCGAUUUGUUGAUGUUUUCAAUAUGAUUCAUGGUAUCAAUAUGGUAAAAAACAAUUUGCAUAUCCUUUUUCUGGAAAAAAUCCAAAACUACC